UGUUACUAUUAUUAUUAUUAUUUUUUUUAAUAUUGUUAUAGGUGGAUUAAUUUUAUAGAUGUAAUCUGUUUAUAUAAACUUAAUAAAUGCAAAAAUUUGUAUUAUUUCGUAUGCUAAGACGAAGUAUAAAUAAAAAGGGAAAUAUAUAAUGAGCGAGCUUCAACCGGUUUGGAAGAAAGCCGAAGGUGCAGUUAAAUACUACAAAGAUUCUGAUAAUGAGAAACAUUGCAUUGCAGCAAGUCCAAGACAAAUAAAAACACAAAUUGCUAAAAUUUCUUAUACCAUGAAAACUCCCACAAAGAAGAACAAAGCAAAGCAGCCUCCUCCAAAAGAUUAUUCAACAGAAUCUGAAUCAGAAAACGUAAUUGAACCAGCAGAACUUGAAACAAGAAAAAUAUGUUCAAAUGAUAAUACAAACGUUGAGUUUAUUGAAAUGAAAAAGGAACGUGAUCAAGAAAUUAAAAAUCUGAACACAUAUUUAACUGAAAUUAUUAAUAAUAAUCCUGCAGAUAAAACAAAAUUAACUGAAAACGGUAAAGCAGAAGUUGAGGUGGAAAAUAACGUCAGAAAAUACGAUCAAAUUGUUCGUAGAUGUAGGACAGAAGUUGAUUUUCGACCUGUGGCGCAAUCCGAACGACAUUUAAAAACGAGAGUAGUAUCUAUAAUUAGAUCAAAGUCCAGUCAUCCACCGGACACUAAAUCGCAUGAACUUCUACCUUCAGUUGCCCAAAAUGUUAAAAGGAAAUCUUACAACGUUGAAGAAGCUCGAAAGUUUUUAAAAGAUCAAAAGCGAAGGAGACGCUUUCAACAAGAUACAUCAGCCUUGAAAGUAAAAGGUGAAAAAACUGCUAUAGAAAAGGAAGAAAUAAAAAAGAGACUUGAAAAGCUUCGUAAAAAUUCACGAGCAAUAAUUACAAAAAAUGUUAAUAAGAAAAAAAACUCCCCCGUUGCACUAGAUGACAGAAAAAGAAAAGAAAUUAAGGUUGAUCCUGACUUACUUAAGAAUAUUGAUGUAAAGGAAAAUAAUAAUGGAGAAGCAUUCAAAGAUUUAAAAACAGAUCCCGUAAUUGAAAAAAAUGAAGUUGGAAUAUCAGAUAUUUGUCCUACGCCUCCUAAUGAUAAUGUAAUAAAAAAUGCUGAAGAUAAAAGUAUAUCUAAUAGUAACCUUAAAUCGAUAAUUCCCGACCCAAUCAAAGAAUUAGGCAUACCUUUCCCAGAAAAGCGAAUUGGAUUAUUGCGCAAGCCAGAAACUAAAGAUCAUUCUUUUAGUGCUAUAAGAGAAUAUAAUUUUGAUAAGGAAAAUAUUGCUUUAGAAAUGUUGAACCCAAAAUUUGUCCAAUCAGUACCCUUGGUUCCAAAAACAACGAGUAAUGACAAAGAGAAUGCAAAAGAUCGAGAAGAAAUACGAGAGGAAGUUACAUAUCGAAAGCCCACAUGUGAUUUAUUACAUUAUUUGCACGCGGAUGAACUUAAAAACCCUGAUCUAUCGAAAGUAUAUAAGGUUGAUUCCAACAGAAAAAGUUGCGACGAAAGCAAUUCAAAACGCGAAGGUAAUACUAAUAUUACUGUAAAUAAUCUUCCGUAUUGGUUAAAGCCAAGUACGGUACAGAUUUAUCCAUACAAUUUCAUAAUGGCCGUAAGACGAAAACUUGAAGCCCUUGCAGAUGUAAGGCAAACUACUAACCAAAUCCAUAUAAAAUCUCAAAAAACCGCUAAUUCUCAAAUUGCGGAUAAAACAUCUUUAUCAAGAUUUGAUAGCCUUAAUCAACCACUUAAUCAAAAAGCCGAUACAGCAGAAAGUAAAUAUUCGGAGGGAUCACUGAAAACUAUUAAAACAGACUCAGAGCGGAUAUAUACAAAUUGUAACAAUUCUAAUAUACAUCCUACACAAUCUCAAUCGGAAAUCAACUCAAACCUAAGCUCAAUAUCAGUGCAAUUGCUUCAAUCUUCAAAUAAUGAAUUGAGAACAUCGUCAAAUAAAACAAAUAGUAAUCCACUAACUUAUGCGAAAUCGAAAGGCUUUGCACUGACGUCAGAAGAUGACACUACCAUUUCCAGUUCAAUAUUUAAUAGCCCAGAACGAAUUAUUCGCCAAAGAAAUGACACUAGUAAAAGCAAAAGUGAAGAACUGCAUAGAGCUAUUAGUCCCCUCUCCUUAGAACGUGUGGAAAACUUGACCAUAAUGUCAAGCAAAAAAUUGAAAACAGCUAUUGCAGCGAAGCAUGUAAACCCCAACAGGGGUGAUGCACAAACCUCUAAAAUGGAGCAAAAUUUGUCCCAUAACCAGAGCACAUCAAGAGAAAUUGAUUUCAAUCAACUUCUAAACGACUUCAACCGUAGUUUAUCACAGGUUAUUGAAGUUAAUGAUCGCCUUAAAACAACUAUUAAUAAAUCUCAUGAAAUUUGUGGGACAACACAUACCGAAAACAACAGUAUAAGAGAAGCUGAUGACUAUACCACCGAUUUUGAGAAAUGUUCUAGCCAUCGAACAAAUAAUUCUUCAGAUGUUCAAAAUGAAAUCGAUUUGCAGAAGGCUCACAUCGAAAAUUAUUCUGAAAAUGAAAUCUGUGGACUUAAGUAUGGGGAUAACCAAACCUGCAAGGAAGCAAAAAAUACCAUAAAAUUCUCCCAUGAAUCGCAGCAAGAAUGUGAUGAACAAUUAAACAAAAUAAUAAAAUCAAAAAUGAACUGCAUAAGUUCGCGAAAAUAUGGAUUAAGUAAAGUUUGCUAUGAAUCAUCUGAAAUAUAUUCAGUAAAUGGAAAACAUAACACGUCAGAAAUACAAAAUCAAGAAAAUUCUAAACGCGCAGAACAUUUAACUGAAACUCUAAUUUCCACGAACAUUUCCGAUGAAAAUGGAUGCGACAGCACAUCUAAUAUACAGGAAAAUAUUAGGAGCAAGACUGAAAACGAAAAUAAACAAAAAGUGGAGACCCCAAAAAAGUCUACGCUUUCAGAAAGAAAAAAAACGUUUACUUCCAUAAAACAUGAAGAUAGUCCGUAUCAACAAAAUUUUUUGUCUGAAAAUAUUACGGCAAGCCAUAAAAUUUUAGAAAUGUUCGAUUAUUCCAAUCUAGAAAUUUCCUUAGGUUCUGUAAAGAACGACAGUUUAUCGGACUCUACUUGUAGCUACUCAAAUGUCGGCAUGUAUGAGAAGUUAAUAAGAAAUGAAACAACCAAAUCAGAGCAUUUGACCGCUUUAUUAAAAAUGAGGGAAAAGGCUUUGUUUGAUCGCACAAAAGGACAAAUUGCUUGGUUAGAAGUCCAAAAAGAGCGUUGCAAAUCAAAGGGUUUACUUUUGCAAAUUGCGGCCAUUAAAAAGAAGCAACGUGGAAUUUUGCUAAAAAUGGAAAAGGAGCGCGAAGAAAUCAAGAGACUACUACAAUCUACUACAUCAACAAGCUCAACGGAGUCAACAUCGAACCGUGAAAAUAAAUCCAUCGCUCCCCCGUCAAGAAAGCCCAUUAAGAGUGUGGUUCCUCAGAAAACCAACACAAAGAUUUACCAAAGAAUUUCCCGAUCCGAUUGGGAUGAGGAAAAGUCGCCCACCUUACCGUCUACUCUAGUGAGCAACAUUGACAACAAAGCAUCAGAUUUAUCGCAACAGAAUAUUAAAGUAAAAGUGGAUCGUUCGGAACCGGUAGUUCGGGCUAAUUAUACCCUUGAAACGUCCCGUUCUCUUGAGGAACUUUUGAAGAAACGCGAAUUAGAUUUACAACGUCGUCGAGAGCAUGUUGAGCGAUUGAUGCAGUGGCAUCGCCGACUCGAUCAAGAAGAAGCUGAGGUUCUACAAAUGGAGAACAAACUACUUAGAUAUAACACUCAUAAAAGUGAAUCUAAAAAUUUUGCCGCUGACAAAACAAAAGUACUGCCUCAAGAUCAUGCUGUCACAGUCCCUCUUAAUAACUAUAAUUCACACGUAAGAGUUCAGCGACGCUUAAAGGAAAUCAACAACAGUUUAAAGGAAUUAAAUAGCAUAUCAAGUACGCAUACUACGGCAGGAAGUAACGAAGGAAGUGGAGAAGAAAUUGUAGUCGAUGCGAUUGAUUGCGUCCGUACAACUGGUGCGAAGUUAAACAAAUUAUGGCGUCGACUAACCUCACAGCAAUUUGAAAAAUAUGUGCCUGACAAACGCUAUGAACUUUCAAAAACAGAUUUAGAACAUCUAUACGAGGCGGCUAAGGUAGCAGUUCUUAAAGACUUUUCACAUAAUGAGAGUAGCUUAGCAGCUGAUCUUCUGGAAAAUAGUAUUUUUUCUUGCGACCAAGAUAUAUUACCAACUCAACAAUCGUUACAACAGCAAAACCAACUAAAGUCAGUUUUGGUGCCGUCACUGAAAUUGUGUACCAGCUCCGAAUCUUCUGAUAAAGAAGGAGAAUCGUGUGGGGAUACAUCCGUCAAUUCUUUACAACGCGAUAAUUACAGUCCUAGCAUUGCUGCAGAAAAAUUUCAACACAUUUCAGCGCGCAGUUCGGGUUCUGGCACCCUUAGCUCUGUUGUUACACAAUCGUCGUCUGAAAUUAAUAUAUUAUUAACAAAAAUUACGUCAAGCAUGAGAAACACAAUUUCUAAUGUUGGCUUAGUUCGAAGCCUGUCCGACGGUGUAUUGUACUCUAAAGAUCGUUUACUCCAAGCCGGCAAACAAGAAUCACUAAACAUAUAUAAAGAACAAUGUGCAGAGCUGAAUCAAAAAAACUCAUCGGGUUUAACUGAAAGCCCUUCAAAACAAGUUUUAGAAAGCCAUCAAACACAUGAGAAUAAUAACUGUGGUACGGAGCAUGUAUUUGCACCAGCAGCACUGAAUUAUAAAAAUGUUUACAUGGAAGAAAAAAUGGCAGUUCAGAACAAUAUCCCCAAUAUUAGCAACAACAAAGCAGCUAAUGACGAUUUAAAUGUUUCUUCGAAGCAACAAGAUGUUCUUAGCAGCUUUCACCAUAAUUCGGUAUGUGUUAGCCCUAAAAUAACAACGACGCAAUAUCAAAUUCCAAAUUAUAACAAUAACAGCAAUAGUUCAUGUGCAAAUUUAGACUCAACUCAAAAUGAUAACGAUAAUAGCUGCAGCACAUUUACAGAUUUAGACUCAAUUAAAAGCCAACCUUUAAGCGACGAAGAUUCGUUUAAUUCGAAAACAUUUAUAAGUCAGCCAAAAAUGUUUGAAUCUGAUGAAGCUGCUAAUGCAAAUUGUGUCUCCAAGUCAUAUGAUGAUGAUUUUGAAAGCAGUGGCGAAUUAACACAAAUAGAUGAUUUAUCAUUGCCUCAUUUUGAAAGUAUAGUUGAUGUGUCCUUUUCUGGAGAUAAUGAGAACAACUCGGGAGUUGAAAACGUGGAUUUAAAUCAUGGUGAAAAAGAUAAUAAGGAGGUUUUAUCUAACGUUUCGGAAAAACCCAGAAAUUCGCAAUCCCAGCAAUCUAAUUCAGAAAUCGUGAUAGGCCCUCCACCGUCCCAAACGCCUGCAGAUAAUGUACGCUUACCAGCACUGGACAGCAACAACGGGUCCUCAGCAUCAAGCUCAAUACAACUUAUGCCUGACAUUAUAAAUGAACUGGAGAUACGCCGUUGUCAACAAAUACUAAUAGAACCCGAGAAAGUAAAACAAUUUGAUAAUGUUUCAACUGUUUUACCGUACAUGUAUGUCCGCGAAAUUCCCAAUAAGCCCCCACCGCCUUAUGUACCUCCUGCUCACGGAAGUCCAAUGACAACUAUAUUUCCAUCAGAGGAAAGAAUUAGAGAAAUAAGCUACCGACGAACACAUGAAUUGUACUGUGAACUUCUUAAGACUGAUUAUAUUACUAAAACUGGUGAAAAAUUGCCUACAGUAAUGGAUGAAAAAAUAACAAAUAUUUACGAGCGCAUUAUACUAGAUAUUUGUCGUGAAUAUCUUGACGAGCAUAGUGAGGUUUUAACACAAGGAGAUCCUGAUAAUUUCCAUACUCAACUGGCUUUCUUUAAUCCUCCAAAUCGGUUACACUGUAUCCAAGAGUCCAUAUACAAAGAAGUUCGCCGAUGUCUGGCUAUGGACAAAACAUUGAAACGACGUACACCAAUAUAUUCAGUGUAUGGUCAAAGAGCAAAUCGUGAUCACAUUGGUAAAAUUAUAAUCCAAGAAAUGUAUGACGAAGAUGAUAAAUGGUGUAACUUUCAUCGGGAAGAAAAUGAAGUGGUCGAUUUAAUUAUUUCCGAGAUGGUUGGGAAAUGUCUAAAUACCAUAGCAAAGGAAGUUCUAAUUGAGGAAAAUGGAACUGUUGAUAUCACAUGUAGAGUCAAAGAAGUUGCAUGUGAGGGAGAUGCAAAAAUAUGUUCUCAUGAAACAGAGUUAAAACAAACUAAUAACAGUGUAGACCUCAAAAUACAUGAUGCACAAUAAAUAAUGUUUUUCAUGAAGUACCAUAAUUGAUACGGCAUAUUUUCAGAAAUGCAUUGUUUAAUAAAAGCUAAAACCCCUAUUACAGUUUGAA